UAUUGAGGAAAUCCUGCGCGCCGCUUUGAGAGCGCUUCACUGUGGCUGCAGACAGUCGGGGGCAGAUUGAUUGUUUUCGGUUGGUGUUUUUCAAGGUUUCCUCUGUGUGUCGUUACGUCACCGUCGGAAUUUCAGUCCUGCGUAAUUGGAAAAGAAGACCUGACCAUUUAGAAAUGGACCUACAAGUGGACCUCCAGCAAACAGAUAACAGCAGUCCAGCUGAAGCAACACGUCCUCCCACCAGGAUGACGAGACAGCAGACUCUCACCUUGAUAUCGAUGGCAUCUGUCAACUUUAGUUCAAUGAUCUGCUAUUCGAUAUUAGGCCCAUUUUUCCCCAAUGAGGCAGUAAAGAAGGGAGCCAGUCAAACGGUCAUUGGCCUCAUAUUCGGCUGCUACGCUGUCUGCAAUUUAAUUGGCUCAUUGAUCAUGGGUAAAUAUAUCGUCCAGAUUGGCGCAAAGUUCAUGCUUGUGGCCGGCCUUUUUGUGUCUGCAGGCUGCACCAUCCUGUUCGGGUUACUCAACCGAGCUCCUGCGGGAGCCACUUUCAUAAGCCUCUGCUUUGUUGUGAGGUCCAUAGACGCUUUAGGCUUCGCUGCAGCUAUGACCUCUACUUUUGCCAUGACAGGAAAAAUAUUUCCAAACAAUGUGGCAACUGUUCUGGGUGGUUUGGAGGUUUUCACAGGACUCGGUCUUAUUCUGGGGCCACCGCUCGGAGGGUGGAUCUACCAAUCCUUUGGAUACGAAGUCCCUUUCAUGCUUCUUGGAUGUUUCCUACUAAUUAUGGUUCCUUUCAACAUAUACGUCUUACCAAGCAUUGAAGCAGAACCCUCAAAGGAUUCCUUCCUGCCGCUUCUCACCAAAGUGAAGAUCCUCCUGAUCUGCUACGCGAUAUUCACUCUUAGUGCUGGUCUGGGCUUCUUGGACGCCACGUUGUCCCUGUUUGCCAUGGAGAAGUUUAAUCUCUCAGCUGGCUUCGUGGGACUCAUCCUUCUCGGUUUGUCGUUGCCAUACUGCCUGGCAUCCCCGCUGAUCGGCUAUAUCACCGACAAAUACCCUUCCACCAGGUCUUGGUUCAUGGUGGCUGGAGGUGCCAUUACAGCAUUUGGCUUCAUUAUGCUGGGCCCCGUCCCUUUUCUUCACAUCCAGAGCCAGCUGUGGUUGCAGGUCUUCAUGCUCGGUGUAAUUGGGUUUUCUCUGGGCAUAACUGUGAUCCCCACGUUCCCGGAGAUCAUCACAUGUGCAUAUGAAAACGGAUAUGAUGAGGGGCUCAGCACUCUUGGAAUGGUGUCCGGACUUUUUGGGGCAUUUUGGUCCGCUGGGAUGUUUUAUGGGCCAAUAGUCGGUGGCCUUCUCACGCAAAACCUGAGCUUUGAAUGGGCAGCUGCAAUCCAAGGAGGCGUGGUGUUUUUGGGUGCCUUUCUCCUGGCUGUGCACUACCUGUGUCAACCUUUACAACGACCAAGCGUUCUAGAAGACAGUCGACCAACAGAUGAAACCACUUGUCUCCUGACUGACUGAAGGCCUUUAGCAACGUGUGGAAGGCAUGCACAGACUUCACUGUGUCCGCCUUCCAACUUACCACGGUUUUUAAAUGUUUUUGUAAAUUAUUAUAAAUUUAUUAUGGUUUUUUUUUGGUGUUGCAGACAUUAAAAUGCUUUUGUAUGGGUCAUGAAAAUGAUUAAAUGUAAAAAAAAAAAAAAAACUGAUCCUAAACAGCCUAAAAAAAAGCAGUAGUUCUGUGUAUUUUUCUGAAUUUGUAGGAUAUUUAAAUUAAGUGAUUUUAUGUUGUGCAAAAUGAGGAAUGUUUUAUGAAUGGAGGAAGCCAACCACUGGAAAGUCCAAAUUAAAUGGGGCUUUGUCCUGGAGAUCA